CUUGGUGCCAAUGGACGUGCAUAAGAGUAAUGUGACCUGCAGUCACCGUCUCUGUGCGGGUUUUACAGCCCGAGCAUGUCAUCCGUGACCACUCCUUGAGAGUCCAUGUCGACGCGUUCAACGCGUCAAGUCAAAGGCCGACAUGAGGAUCGAAGGGCGGGAUGAUGCUGAGCGCAUGGCGGUCUCGGAAACGUACCAUGCAUUGGCGGCGUGUAGGCAACAAAGUGCAGUGUCGUGGCGAGGGAGUGUCGGAGUGGCACCGACCAAAUGCGGUUAGUCCACACUCGCUAAGGGUCCAGCAAGGCCCACGCGGCUGGAGUGGACGAGACCGAGACGAGACUUGCAGCAAGACCCGUCGAUCUUUGCAAGUUGCAGUAAAACAUCGACAAAGCCAAAGGCAGGAGCCGCCGACUGAAUCAUCCCAAGACAUCCCUCCCUGCCUCGCUCGAGAGCAGCGUGCGCCCUCUACCCAACCUCACCACGGCACCCUCUACCCCACGACCCUCCGCGUCUCGCUCCUCCACCACUCUGUCCUCCCCCCUCGCCGUCGCCGAACAACUCACCACCGCCCGCGCCACCCUCUGGGACCCCAAGUUCACCACCCGUGAGCCCCCCGACAUCCGACUGCACCCCACCCAUGUGGGCACGCUGAGUGUUGGUGCACGCACAGACAGCAACAUCUCGGUGCGCAGUUUGGGAGGCGGACACACGAUUGAACCGAUGGACAAACGACAUCCCUCCAGCUUCCAGCAGCUGGAGAAGCUGGGGGAAGGGACUUAUGCCACAGUGAGUCGCAGUCCUAAUACCCGCACGGAGUAUGCUACCGCAGA